AUGACUCACCGAAAGGCGGCCCUCACGCUGAUUGCCCUAUGGCUCCACUUGCUGUGCCUGCACUCAGGGACUCUCAUUGAGGGAGAUGGCAGCUCAAACGCCAAGUCGGUAUUCGACGUAUGGGCCAAUGCCUACCGCUACUCUCGAGACGACAUCAGUGCCAUCACCUCCGACUAUGCCUACCUCACCCAGUUCCCGCUGGCCGCCCAUGCCAUGGUCAUGGGAUACAACAUUCCCGAGCUCAACACCACAAACUCCCUGAUCUUCGACAGGGAGACGCUGGGACUGGUGUGGGCGGGGAAUAUCACAACGUGGAUCCACCAGCGUAUCAAGGACCUCAACCCUGAUGUCGCCGCCCAGCUGCCAAGCGCGGACAUCGUGCUGGGCUACAACGAUGACUUCGUCCUGUCCGUGACCGAAGUGCUCAAGCUGGCACUGGAGAGCUACAGCGCGGACUUCAAGACCGUGUUCGCCGCAGCCAACCGGACCUUUGCCAACAUGGCGUACGGCGGCCGCGGCGAGGAAGUGGGCAUCUCCAACGCGCUCAGGCUCUCCUGGGUUCAGGGGAAGCCGUACGGCAUGACAUUCCUUACGUGGGCAGACUCGGUGGGCUCCGUCUCGUACGCGCGGAUGAUCAACAAGGCCGGCUCGUUGGUGGAGCCCUCGGUCACGUCCGUGCAGGCGGCCAUAACGUCCUUCGAGGACGACUAUGAAAACGGCGAUUUCGAGAUUGACAUCGUCGACGCCAACGGAACGGAUGCGUGGCCGCUGGCCUGGAUGACCCACUUCGCCAUCGCACGAAAUGCCAGCUCACUUGACUGCACCACCGUCAAAGAGUUCCUCACCUUCAUUGCUUGGGUCCACACCAACGACGCGGCUUCGGAGGGCGCCACAGAAAUCAACGUUGCCCCUCUGCCGUGCAACGACAAGCAGGCCUACUCGACGUCGUUCCUGAUCGGUACCGGCACGCAGAUCGGUCUGUUCACCUCCUGGUCGGUGGCCUGGUCGUCCGGUUCUACGGAGAUGAAGUACUACGAGUCCCUGCCCGAGGUGUCCAACCAGCAGCUGGAGACCUACGACGCAGACUACAGCGUCACCAGCACCGGCAUCGACGAACAAUGGCUCUCGCGCAUUCCUGAUCUUGCAGGGCUGACGUUGGUGCUCAACUUCGACACCAUCGCCGCCAUCUAUCUCAACAAGCUGACAAUGUGGAACGAUACCAGAAUCAAGGCCAUCAACUCGCCCGAGGUGGCCGCUGCACUCCCGGCCCAACCCAUCACAGUGAUAACGUCAGCCGACAGUUCCGCGCCCGAGCAGCUGUUCACCUACAUGCUGAGCGCGGAGGUGCCAGAGUUCAACGCCACGGUGGGCGUGGGCUCCAACGUAACGUUCCCAGUGGAGUCUGCUGGCGGCAAUCGCUCAAUCUCCACCGCUUCAGCUGAUUUGCUCGUCCUGCUGACGUCCACCAAGUACUCGUUCGCCUUCUGGUGGCACCAUGAAGUGCUUCUGACCCGCGCGCUGCGCUCGGCGUCGAUGAACAACACGGCGGGUGUCGUGGUGAGCCCCAACAUAACCACUGUGGCGAGCGCAGUGAACGACUUCAUCAACGCCACCGGCGCGGCGACAUUGACCUUCAGCUCUUUCGUUCUUCAGCCGGGCAAGCAGAGUUGGCCCCUGACCACGUUCGGAAUCCUCCUCUACCGCCAGAAGAACAUGCGCGAUUGCGACGAUGCCGCUGCACUGGCCGACUACUUCUACUGGACGCAGUACAAUGCGGAGGCCGUGCAGAUUGCAGACCGCCAAGGCUUCCUGCUGGCGUCGACCAUCGACGUACUGAAGGCCGCAUUCCUGCUGUCGCUCAGGGACUUCACCUGCAAUGGCGUGGCGGCGAGCAGCAUACACAACUGCAUUAGCGACCUCGGCCAGCUGUGCGCGAACGCCGGCACGUGCACCAAUAACGCCUGCGUCUGCGACACCGGGCGCGAGGGCCGGUAUUGCGAAGAAGAGACCUCCAACUCAGCUGACACCACUUUGGCGAUUGCUCUCGGUGUGGGCAUUCCGCUGGGGUCACUGAUCUUUGCCGCACUCCUGGCUCUCAUCGUCUAUCUGCUCGUGUUGGUCAACCGGAAGGGCAAGAGCCACGACGACUGGGAGAUCCGGUACGACGAGCUCGAGGUCGGCGAGCAUCUGGGCACGGGCGGCUUUGGCGAGGUCUAUCGGGCCACGUGGAAGGGCACCGAGGUGGCCGUCAAGGUCAUGGCCUCUGACCGCAUCAGCAAGGACAUGGAGAAGAGCUUCAAGGACGAGGUGCGGGUGAUGACGGCGUUGCGGCAUCCCAACGUGGUGUUGUUCAUGGCGGCGUCGACCAAGGCGCCAAAGAUGUGCAUCGUGAUGGAGUUCAUGUCCCUCGGCUCGCUUUAUGAGUUGCUGCACAACGAGCUGAUCCCGGAGCUGCCGUUCGCGCUCAAGGCCAAGAUGGCCUACCAGGCCUCCAAGGGCAUGCACUUCCUCCACUCGUCGGGCAUCGUGCACCGCGACCUCAAGUCGCUCAACCUGCUGCUCGACGCCAAGUGGAACGUCAAGGUGAGCGACUUUGGCCUCACCAAGUUCAAGGAGGACGUCAAGAACAAGACGUCGCGCGACGUGGCCGGCAGCGUGCAUUGGACGGCGCCAGAGGUGCUCAACGAGUCGGGCGACGUGGACUUCAUCUUGGCCGACGUCUACAGCUUCGGCAUCAUCCUCUGGGAGCUGCUCACUCGCACUCAACCCUACGUUGGAAUGAGUCCGGCCGCGGUGGCGGUGUCGGUGAUCCGCGACAACCUGCGGCCCACCAUGCCCGAGUCCAACGAGAACCUGUGCCCGGCCGAGUUCGAGGAGCUCGUCGUGAGCUGCUGGCACCACGACCCGACCAUCCGCCCGACGUUCCUCGAGAUCAUGACCCGCCUUUCGGCCAUGCACGGCGACUCGACAUCGGCCGGCGCCUUCACCUCCAAGACCGGCUCGUCGUCGUCGCCCCGCCUCACCUACAACUCGUGGACCAUGCCCUCUACCACCGCCAAUUCGUCGUCAACGGGCUCGUCGGCAUCGUCCAACUCGUCCAAGAAUAUGUCGGCAGCCGCUGGCGCAGCGGCCGGGGCCGUGCGAGCACCGGAGGGCGAGGUGGCGAUCGUGUUCACCGACAUCACGCGCGCCGCCUCGCUCUGGGAGUUCAACGCCGCCGCCAUGCGCGACGCCACGCUCCUCCACAACGAGACCCUCCGAAGCGCGCUCCAGAAGCACCGCGGCUACGAGGUGGUGUUCAUUCGGGACCGGAACAGCGGCGAGGGCUCCUUCUGCAUGGCCUUCCAGCAGGCCGCCGACGCGCUCGCCUGGUGCGCCGAGGUGCAGCAAGAGCUGCUCAAGGUGGAGUGGCCGGAGGCGCUGCUGGAGCACCCGGGGGCGGCGGAGGAAUGGGGCGACACUGACGACCGGGUGCUGUACAAGGGCCUGCGGGUGCGCAUGGGCGUGCACGUCGGCACGCCCAAGGUGGUGCGUGACCCGAUGACGCGGCGUGUGGAGUACAUCGGCCCCGUAGUCAACGCGGCGGCCCGCAUCACGGCCCUCACGCACGGCGGCCAAAUCGUGCUGAGCCACCUAUACGAGCUAAAGGCUGAGGGCCUCGAGGCACGUUUCUUCGGCGGCGUCACGCUCGAUGGCGACCGACCCUCCAACGGCUCCCCGGGAUCGGCCGGCGGCGCGCACGAUGGCCAGACCCACUCCAGCGAGAACGACGGCACCGUCAGCAGCGACGGCGGCGACGGCGAGCUGCUGACGGCGGUGGGCGAGGGCAUGAUGUUCAAGGAGGACACCUUUCUCACGUCGGCCAACCUGUGCCGCUGGAUCAUCGACUACGGCGAGGUCCAGGUGGGCAAGCAGGUGGGCCUCGGGUCCUACGGCGUGGUCUACCACGGGAAGUGGAAGGGCGUGGAGGUGGCGGUGAAGCGGUUCAUCAAGCAGAAGCUCGACGAGCGGCGCAUGCUCGAGUUCCGCGCGGAGAUGGCCUUCCUGUCGGAGCUCCACCACCCCAACAUCGUCCUCUUCAUCGGGGCGUGCGUGAAGAAGCCCAACCUGUGCAUCGUGACGGAGUUCAUGAAGCAGGGCUCGCUCAAGGACAUCCUGGCCAACAACGCCAUCAAGCUCACGUGGAAGCAGAAGCUGCGACUGUUGCGGUCGGCGGCGCUGGGCAUCAACUACCUGCACUCGCUCCACCCGGUCAUCGUGCACCGCGACCUCAAGCCCUCCAAUCUGCUCGUGGAUGAGAAUUGGAACGUGAAGGUGGCCGACUUUGGGUUCGCGCGCAUCAAGGAGGAGAACGCCACCAUGACCCGCUGCGGCACGCCCUGCUGGACGGCGCCCGAGAUCAUCCGCGGGGAGAAGUACGACGAGCGCGCCGACGUGUUCUCCUUCGGCAUCAUUAUGUGGCAGGUGGUGACGCGCAAGGAGCCCUUCGCUGGGCGCAACUUCAUGGGCGUGUCGCUGGACGUGCUCGAGGGCAAGCGACCGCAGAUCCCCAACGACUGCCCGCUGGAUUUCAAGAAGGUGAUGAAGAAGUGCUGGCACGCCAAUGCCGACAAGCGCCCCACCAUGGAACACGUGCUGCGCUUCCUCGACGCGCAAGUGGGCGACGACGACGGCUCGGCAGCGGCCUUCACCACCAACGCCCUCGUGUAG